CUUUCCAGGGGUGUCCCGAAGCAUAAAUGGGGAUUUUCCUGGAGAAUAAAUGGAGAUUGGAGGCGUAAGUGGAGAUUGUUCCUGAACGAUAAAUAAGGAUGCUUUGGAGCAUAAAUGGAGAUUUUCAGGAUGGAGAAGAAGAAAAUCCUGAUGAAGUCCAAGGUUGCUGCUCCCAACCUCCUGAGGGCUCUGCAUUCCCUGUACCAGCUUGGGCACCUCUGCGACGUGACAGUCCUCACCCAACACCUGGGAAUUCAGGAGGAAAUCCUGGCUCAUAAAGCCGUCCUGGCAGCUUCCAGCAACUACUUCAAGGGGCUUUUCCUGCACCAAGAGAUACUGGACACCCAGAAGUCCACGGUGACUUUGCAGGACAUCUACACCGAGGAGUUCACCUCCUUCCUGGAGUUCCUGUACACAACAGAGGUGGAGAUCGAGGCGGGAAAACUCCAGAGGAUGAAGGAAAUAGCAGAAAGGCUGGAAUGCAAAGAUUUGCUUGAUAGCUGUGAGGAAGUGAAAGCAGAGGGCAAGAAGGGCUUGGAUUUGAGCCUCCACCUGAAAGGGCAGAGGGGUGAAAAUAGGGGAUCACAGUGGCCUUGUAUCCAGCAAGAGGAAAACCUCAGGAACUCUUCCCAGGUCAUGGCAAUUCCCAUGCAGAGGAAACUUUGGGAUAAGCAGAAACAUAAGGAGCUGCUGCCGGGCUAUGAGCUCAUUGGAGUCCAAGCAGGAGGCCUGGAGCAGGAGGCCACAGCUUUUCCAGCCCCAAAAUCCAGGCCAGCGAAGCUGCCCAAGUGCAACAAGACACAUUCCCCAACCAGACUGGGUGUAGAUAUCACCAGCCUGGAAAACAAGGAUGGUCAUUCCCUCUGCAGGGGGCAGGAGCGGAAGUGGGAAUCCCAGGCAUGUCGCUACGGUGACAAGGCCAUCAGCUCCAAGUGCAGCCUAGCCGUGCACAUCGGGACACACACCAGGGAUGGGCCCUACUGGUGCCAGCACUGCUCCGCCAGCUUCACCCACAGGGCUGCCUACACCUCCCAUCUCAGGAAAAUCCAUGAGUCUGGGCAAGAGAUGAAACUCCUGCCUGUUUAUUGGAUGGUGGUUCCACCCACACAUGGCCCAAACCCUACAAGCCAUGACAAAGAUCCCGAUGGAGGGACUUGGGAUGGGAUACCAGAAACCUCAGGUUGUGAGGAAGAUGCCAGAAGUUCAUCCAUUGCUGAAGCAGAAAGGAGCAAGAGGAAUCCCAGGAAGCUGAAGGAGGGAAUGAAGAUGGAGGUAGAAUGA